AUUUCUGGGGCAUUGGCCGCGCCUCUGGGUGAUCCCUCCGGGCUCAAGUUGCAAGGGGGCGGGCCCCGGUCGGAGGUGGAGUCUCCCGCCAAUUCAAGCUUUGACUAUAAAUUGAGCUCCCAGAGCACCGAGGACCAGAUGCCUCGCCAGGCCGCCUCGAGGUUGGUGGUCGGAGAAGGUGAAGGGCCCCCGGGGGCUUCGGGGCCCGCGGCCACCAUGCUCCGCUCUCUGCUACUUCACUCGCUGAGGCUCUGUGCCCAGACCGCCUCGUGCCUCGUGCUGUUCCCGCGCUUCCUAGGCACGGCCUUCAUGCUCUGGCUUUUAGAUUUCUUGUGCAUCCGCAAGCAUUUCCUGCGCCGUCGCCAUCCUGACCACCCCGAGCCCGAAGUAGAGCUCAACAGUGAAGGCGAGGAGAUGCCCCCUGACGACCCGCCCAUCUGCGUAUCGGACGACAACCGUCUGUGCACCCUGGCCUCUCUCAAAGCCGUGUGGCAUGGCCAGAAGUUGGAUUUCUUCAAGCAGGCCCAUGAGGGUGGCCCAGCGCCCAACUCGGAGGUCGUCCGGCCUGAUGGCUUCCAGAGCCAGCGCAUCCUUGACUACGCACAAGGGACCCGCCCAUUGGUGCUCAAUUUUGGCAGCUGUACCUGACCACCGUUCAUGGCGCGGAUGAGCGCCUUCCAGCGCCUGGUCACCAAGUACCAGCGCGACGUAGACUUCCUUAUCAUCUACAUCGAGGAAGCCCACCCAUCCGACGGCUGGGUCACCACAGAUUCACCCUACGUCAUCCCCCAGCACCGCAGCCUGGAGGACCGUGUCAGCGCAGCUAGAGUACUUCAACAAGGAGCACCUGGCUGUGCUCUGGUCCUGGACACUAUGGCCAACUCCAGCAGUUCCGCAUAUGGUGCCUAUUUUGAGCGCCUCUACGUCAUCCAGAGCGGCACCAUCAUGUACCAGGGAGGCCGUGGCCCCGACGGCUACCAGGUGUCUGAGUUGCGCACUUGGUUGGAGCGCUAUGAUGAACAGUUGCAUGGUACUAGGCCACGUCGAUUCUAAGUAACCAAGGGACAAGUGACUGAAUUGGUGGGCUGGGUCUUCCGGGCCUUCGAAGCCCACGUGCAAAUGCUCCAAAGGAAGUCAAAGGUUGUCGGGGAUCCUCAUGACACAGAUGAGCACAGCCACAGAACUCAGGCUGAGUCUGGCUAACUUGGGACUCUGCUAUAGUGACUCCCUUUUGUACCUUUUGUGGCUUGCUCUCAGGAGCAUUGCCGUGGCUCGAACUGGCAGCUUUGUCCCUGCUGGAGUUUACCUGCUGGACUUUCUGACACCUGGUCUCCAGCGCUGCUUCAGCAAA